AUGUUUGUCGAAAAUGGGACCGACGAUAUUGAGAUCGAAAGUGCCCAUGGCCGUCUGCUGGAUGCAGUCAACACAAUCAUCGCCUGCCUGGCUGUGCUUGGUAACGGCAUGGUCAUCACCGUCAUGCUGCUCAGACAACGAGUGUUCAGCUCCUUCACAAAUCGCCUCAUCCUGCAUCAGUCUAUCAUCGACAGUGUUGCUGGCGUUGUGUUUUUCGUUUGGAAGGUAGUUUUGCUGAACAUCCUGACACCAAUGUCUUUAAAGGGCACUAUAUACGAUCAGUUGAUGUGUCGGUUCAUAUACACGGACGUUCCCUUCUGGUGCUUAAGUGUAACGUCCACGUACAACCUCGUCAUGAUAUCGUUGGAGCGCUUUAUGGCAACCUGCUAUCCGGUGAAGCAUCGCAAUUGUGGGUCCUCAGCAAGGCUGAGGAUUGCCAUGGGAACUACCUGGGCCAUUGGCUUCAUAUAUGGUCCACAUUUAACAUUUUUGUUGGAAGCAGGUCGAGAGGGUUGUCAAAUGACACAAAUGGAAAUUGGCCUGAAGAUAUUUGCGACUUCAGUGGCAAUGGUUAUUGAGUAUUUAGUGCCCAUCACCAUUUUGAUCUAUACAUACAGCCGAAUAACCAUCAAGCUAGCCAAGAAAUCUGCUAAUCCCAUGUACCGUCCUCGAAUCAACAUGAAUGAAGCAAAGAAGAAUGUUCUUGUUACGACAAUGCUUAUAGGUCUGAUGUUUGUUGUGUGCUGGACCCCAACGGUAGUUAAUCACGUUCGUUCAUUCAUCACGGGAAUAAAGGGGGACUUGUUGUAUGCAAUAGCUACUAGCCUGGUGUCUUGCAACACCUUCGUCAACCCGAUCAUUUACUGCUUGAAGUACGAACAUUUUCGUUUGGAGUUGAGAAGCUUGUUCAUCAGGAGAUGUCGUAGAAACCAAGUGGAGGACGGGAAUGCAAUUCCAAUGCCAGCUGCUGCCCCGAGAAUGAACCCCAACUUAGCAGUUCAGACGUUGUAG